AUGUCCUUCAGGCCAGCAUUGAUUGUUGUUGAUAUGCAGAAUGACUUCUGUCCACCUGAUGGUUCCCUGGCUGUUGCUGGAGCCCGGGAUAUCAUUCCGUUGAUUAACCGCCUGCUCGGCUCGUCGAAGUUCGUGAUCAAGGUUGCAACUCAAGAUUGGCAUCCUCGGGAUCACAUUUCGUUUGCAACUAACCACCCUCCUCCCAACAACAAACCCUUUGAAUCUUUCGUCGACGUGCGGAAUCUCGUCGCCAACAAGCCGGAGCAAACCAUGAAGCAACGCCUUUGGCCGGUUCAUUGUCUCCAGCAAACGAAAGGCGCAGAGAUUCUUGAAGAAAUUGACCUUUCCAAGGUUGACGCCAUUGUUUACAAAGGCAUGGACUCGAGGGUUGAGAUGUAUUCUGCGUUUUCUGACUCUUUUGGGAACAUGACUGCUGGUGCUGGAGGUGUGAACGUUGACCUCGCUGCUCUCUUGACGGAGCAGCAAAUAACUCAUGUCUACGUUGUUGGUUUAGCCGGGGAUUACUGUGUCAAGGAAUCUGCGCUAGGUGCUGCCAGGGCUGGUUUCACGACGUAUCUAAUUGAAGAGGCCCAGAAAUGUGUUGACCCUUCCUCCUGGUCUGAUAUCAAAGCAGAGCUGUCGCAAGGCUCAGUCUCUUUAAUCAACAUCGACAGUCACGAGUCGCAACGAGUCCUUGAAGCAUGA